AUGGCCGAGAACAGCAACCACCUGCAACUACCAGGAGCUGAACCACAGCGCCAUCUGCCCUCCUUCUAUCGCAGCCUUGACAACGAAGAACUCUUGCACAAAAUUAGAGAUCUCGACGACCCCAGGGAAUUCCACCGCCUCCAAGCCGAGGUCCUGCUCCCCACGAGUCGCAACUUCUUCGUCGACUUUGGCGAUGACCAUGCCUGGUGUGCUUUCGAUCUCAGUGACGACGCACUGAAGGCGCUUUUGAGCAGACCGAGGCCGUCGAACCUUUACGGAAGAUGGAUUAACAUUUGGGUGCCGUACAAGCAAAAAGAUAUCAUCGGGACGCUUGCAAAACAUUACGACUUUUCGCCCCGCCUUUAUGGAAUAAUGAAGUCAGAGCCUUUCCCUAACGCUUCCAGGCACCCGGACUCAAAGCACAGCUCUUCUCUAUGGGAAAGAAAAUUCCGACAUCCCAUGCAACGUACACGCAAUACGCCGAACAGCGUGGCCAACAGUUUUACAUCAGGAAUCGACCCGGGAGGCCAGUCGGGAAUAAAUAUAUCCGACGGCACCUUCGACGAUGACCUUUCCAAGAUGAUCAGUCACUACCGCCUCAUCGACGAAGUAUGGCAUUGGUCCACCGUUGACGAAGGGCGCCGGUACGUGAGCUUGGGCUACAAUUCUCUGCACAGCACCUCAGGCAGCAAAGACCCAUCGAAACCGCUGGACAACAAGCCAAUCGACACGGAGCGUGGCGAUUUACCCGAAGGAAAGCGUGUAUGGAGUUGGCUGGUGCUGUGCGAAGAUAAGACUGUCCUCAAUAUCCACGAAGACCCCUACCCUGAAAAACACGGCUUUUACGACUGGGAGGAGCUUGCCACACUCUACUCUAUCCGUCGCAACCUCCUCAACGUGUUCCGCAACCUCUCCAAAUGCUUCGACAUCAGCCGCUCCGCCGCCAUUGCCGUGCUGCCCAUCCGGCGCCGCAUUGGCGACAGCGAGGAGGAGCGCGCGCACCGGCCGAGCGACGCGCCGGGCUUGCUCUUCUACAACCUGUUCGACGAUUGGUAUUCAACCUACAGCCUGGUCGCACGGCGUGAGCACAAGUACGCCGCCGCGCUGGACCGGCUACGUGCCGACAUGAUGCAGAAGGCGGAGCUGGUACACGUCGAGCGCCUGCACCGUAUCGGCCGCCAGUUGUCGGUGCUGAAGCGCAUGUACCAGAGUUACGAGGUCAUCAUCGACCGCGUGCUCGAGAAGCAGGAGACCACGCUCGCCAGCCUCAAGAAUUCGCACAUUCUCUCGCCUCUGGAUGAAGGGAACAGCAGCAUGCUCGAUGACGGAUCAUACUGCGCUAGCAGCAAUGCGCACCGGAUAGACGAGGAUGUGAGCAUGCUGGGCGUGGCACUAAGCUCAGCCGCGAGGGCGAGGUUCAAGCGCUUGAAAUACCGGACCAGGCUGUAUGCUAUCAGCGAGAUCGAGGAAUGCCUGAGCCAGAAGGAGAGCUUGGUCAUGAUGAACUUCAACCUCAUCGCCAUCAAGGAAUCACUCUCGGUCGAGCGACUGACACGGGUGACGUUGCUGCUCGCAAAGGCGACGCUUCUCUUCAUGCCCGUCUCCAUCAUGGCUGCCUAUUUUUCUUGCCAAUUCAACGACCAGGAGUUCACCGUCGCCGAGUUCUGGACCUGGUUCGGCAUUGUUCUCGCCGUCAGCAUAGUCUGCAUCUUCAUCUUCAGCGUCGUGUCCGGCACCAUGGAGGGCAAAAUGCUGUACCGCAGCUUUAGCCGCGCCGUAAUGGACAUCACCCAGGCGUGGUGGGGCAGAAGAAAGGACAAAAGGGCAAACAGAAGGAAUGGUGACGACGUUGGGGGUGGCGGUGAAAGAGGAGGAGGGGGAGGGAGUGGGUUGGGAUUCGAGGAGGAGAUGAAGGUUCUAUGA